UUUUUUAAAAAUGUCAAAACCGUGAUUCCCCUUAGUAUUUUAGGCAGUUUUAUAUUUAUUGUAUUUCUGUAACACUUUUAUAUUUAUUGUACUUCUGUAACAGUUGUAUCUUGCUAUUAUUAGGUUUAUGUAUUUAGGAUCAAUCCCAUAAUGACAGGGAUCCGUUUUCCCUGGCUCAUGUAUAUAUAUAGGUCCAGUGACCUCAUAAUAAUAUAUGAAAAGAAUAUUAUUCCUUCUAAAUUUAAGAUGGUAUCAGAGCUCCUGAUCCUUGGGAGCCUCUGACCGUGCCUGUAAACCCUAAGUUGCAGCCUUUAUUGCUGCGCCACCUUUAAGCAUUGUUGCAGCCUUCAUUGCAGCGCAACCCUCAGUGCCUGUAAACCCUAAGUUGCAGCCUUCAUUGCUGCGCUACCUUUAAGCAUUGUUGCAGCCUUCAUUGCAGCGCAACCCUCUCUUCCUUGAUCAUGGAUGAAGUCAUGAAUCCUAUUCUGGAAACUGGGGACAGACCCCAGACUGCUGGAGAAUUGCAGAAUGUUCAUUCUGCUUAUCGGUUAAAUGGGAAGAAUUAUCUCAAAUGGUUUCAACUCAUUAGGACCAUCUUGAAAGGAAAAGGAAAGGUCAGUCACCUGACUGAUAAAGCACCUGAUAAAACAGAUCCCAAGUUCAAAUCAUGGGACGAAGAAGACUCCAUGAUCAUGGCGUGGCUAUGGAAUUCAAUGGUCCCAGAAAUCAGUGAUACAUGCAUGUUCCUUAAAUCAGCAAAGGAAAUUUGGGAUGCAGUAGAACAAACUUAUUCUAAGGCCAAGGAUGCUGCUCAAAUUUAUGAUGUAAAGGUAAAAACCGUGGCUGCCAAACAGGGAAACAAAUCAGUUACAGAAUAUGCCAAUCAACUCAAGUCUCUAUGGAUGGAAUUGGACCACUAUCGAGUUAUACAAGCAAAGUGUUCAGAAGACUCAACAAUCCUUAAAGAGUAUAUUGAACAAGAUAGAAUCUAUGAUUUUUUGGUAGGCUUGAAUCCUGAAUAUGACCAGGUCCGAAUCCAAAUCUUGGGAAAAGAGAAAGUCCCCGGGCUUAAUGAAGUGGUAGCCAUUAUCCGGAGUGAAGAAAGCAGGAGAGGACUGAUGCUGGAGACCUCAACCACUGAAAGCUCUGCAAUGAUAGUUGAAGGAGGAACAAUCAUGGUUGCUAACCAGAGGAAAAGUGGUGUUCCAAAUAUGGAAAAAAAAACACGAGGAGGUCUGGUGUACCCACUGUAACAAGCCGCGCCACACAAGAGAGAAGUGCUGGAAAUUACAUGGAAAACCCCCAAGCCGAGAAUGGGGGCCGAAAGGAGGCCCUCCAAAAAGAGGAGGGCAAGGGCAAGCAUACAUUGCUAAUGGACAAAGUGAAGAAUCUGUCCAGCUGAAUCAUGAAGAGAUAGAACGGGUCAGAUCCCUCCUUAGUAAAUUGGAGAAGCCCACAGGACAAGAACUCGGGGAGGACGAUUGGACAUGCUAGAGAAUGGAAUGGCCUAUACUACAUGGACGAUCCUAAUCUGCCUACCAAGAGCCGCUCUCUCAUAUCUGAAUCUACCAUGACCAAUAAAGAGAAAGCUCAACUAUACCAUUGUCGGCUAGGACACCCUUCAUUUCGAGUUGUAAAAGUGCUUUUCCCUUCCUUGUUUAAAAAUUUAAAUGUGGAGAGUCUCCAUUGUGAGGUGUGUGAGCUUGCUAAACACAAGCGUGUACCUUUUCCCAUUAGCAAUAAAAUGAGUCCUUUCCCUUUC